CAUCUUAUGAAACCAUAACCUGCAACGUUUUUCAGUUCAAUAAUCUGAGGUUUGUGGCUUGGGAAGCCCGUUUACCAUGGUAGCAGAAUCAAUUGAGACACAUCCAACUCCCAGAUCUCAGCCUAAAAGACAAGUAGCACAGCCACUUGAUAAUGCUAAUGGCAGGACUAAAACAAAGAGACACCCUCGACAGACCAGACUUGAGACAAUUGUUCUCAUACAAGGAAAAAAUGCUAUAGAGAGCCAGGCGCAAUCUACCUCAGCUUAUGGAUCAGAGCAGAAUGAACCAAAGUGGGAUUCUGUCUCAUCAUAUUGCAAAUGGCAUGGGGUUGACAGAGAACCUGUUCAGUGCAGGAAAAGAUGGAGUAAUAUUAUUUGUGACUACAACAAAAUUAAAACUUGGGAGUUACAGAUCAAGAAGGAAGCUGAUUCAUUCUGGGUGAUGGGGACUGGUAGUUUGAAGAGAGAGAGAAAGCUGCCUGGUUUCUUUGACAGAAAAGUAUAUGAUGCCUUGGACAGAAGAAAGUUUGCCAUGACAGCAAUUCCACUAGCACAUAUUACUGCCACAACAGACAUGGGCAGUGAUGAUGAAAAGGAAGCAGCAACAGAGGAACAUGAGACUCAAGAUGAACCUGGGCAGGAAUCUGAGAAGGAGACUAUUGAAACAAGCAUGACAAUCAAGAAGACAGUUAAUAAUCUGUUUCCUAUGUCAGAUAAAGUGAAAGAAAAACAUCCAACCUUGAGUGAGUGGAAAAGGUCUAUGACUCAGAAAGGAUUGGAGCCUAGGCGGUCAACACUAGAUGGACGUGAAGAUAGAAGGCUAGACCCAUUGAUCAAGGUACUAAAAAGGAAUGGUAACCCGCUAAAUGAGCAAAUUCAAGCUCAAAACACAAACUGUCAACUGGAUAGGGACCAAAGGAAGGAGCAUUCUGAAAGCCUGGUUGCCACUAUCAACAAGCUCAUUGAUGCUCUGGUAAGAAUUGCUGGUAGGUUAUAAGAAAGAAAAUAUAUAAUAACUCAGCAACUUUUAGCUUCCUGCAAUAUGACAAAGUAUGCAAGAAAUAGAUUUCCAGGUGUCUU